UCUCGUGGUCGGUAUCAUGGCGGCCUCAAACCGUGAGAUUUGGAGGUUCCGCUAAAAGUAAAUUAAAGUUUGGGAUAGUCGCACACUUUUUUUUUUUUAAUUUGUGCAUAUCGCGGGUGCUCGUCAAACUUAUACCAAUGUUGAAGCAGUUGCAAAUGGGACUUCGCGCCUUCCUCCUACUGGCUUCGAAAAUAUGGAGUUUUAUAUGUUAUGUUGUUAGAAAACAGGUUCGAGCGGUCAUACAACACCAGACAAUCAAGUAUGACGUUCUACCCCUCUCUCCGCUUUCCAAGCAUAGGCUAAGCUUGGUGAAACGGAAGAUCCUAGUCCUAGACUUGGACGAGACACUGAUUCACUCGCAUCAUGAUGGCGUCAUCAGGCAAAUGGUCAAGCCGGGGACGCCACCUGACUUUGUCCUAAAGGUCACAAUAGAUCGUCAUCCAGUUCGUUUCUUCGUUCACAAGCGCCCACAUGUUGACUACUUCCUCGAUGUUGUAAGCCAGUGGUACGAGCUGGUUGUGUUCACAGCCAGCAUGGAGAUCUACGGUGCUGCCGUGGCCGACAAGCUCGACAACAACCGGGGAAUUCUCAGGAAGCGCUACUAUCGACAACACUGUACACUUGAUUAUGGGAGCUACACCAAAGAUCUCUCCGCCAUCACACAAGAUCUGUCAAGCAUUUUCAUCUUGGACAACUCGCCUGGUGCCUAUCGGUCCUAUCCAGACAAUGCCAUCCCCAUCAAGUCAUGGUUUUCGGACCCAAGGGACAUGGCACUGCUCAACCUACUGCCCGUGUUGGACGCACUGCGCUUCACCAGUGAUGUGCGCUCGGUGCUGAGCCGCAAUCUGCACCUUCACAACAUGUGGUAGCGUUUGCUGUGGACGCCUUGUCAUUUCCUCCUCUUUCGGCCGCACCGCCCCUGCAUCGCCGCCGUCGCCACCUGCGAGGCGGCGCCCGGUGCUCCCUCCUACCCUUCUCCACAUCCAAGCCUCGGAGCCGAAACUUGACAUUCGUCCAAGUCAGGUGGUGGCAGAUGACGUGCAGACGUCCCUUCCUGUUGCCAAAACCUUUAUCAAGCCAACAGCAAGCUUGACCCCAACCAAUCCACCAUGGGAGUCGCCGGCAUCUUGAUGGGACCUGCGCUUACGUCACCUCCUGCACGGUGGUGGCCUUGUUGCUGACUAAUGUCGCUGGUAGACCUCGGCCCUUCGAGUCGAGUGGAGGAAAGGAGCUGCUUGACGCCUGUGCUCCUUGCUUCCUCCAUAGCGACGAGCCACAUUAUGUUCCUGGUGGUCUCUGUUUCCACGAAAAAAAAAGCAAAAAGAAAAGAAAGAAAGGCCUUUAGACGAGCCCCACCACCACUGGACACGUUCAAGGUGUCUGCAGCAGCGUAACCGUUUUGACAGAUGAAACUUUAAAGGGCCGCCUUGGCACCCUUCUCUGCAGCUCUCGUCGUCCGGCUUCCACCAUGAGAGAAUGUGGAUGAAAUGUGUGUGGCUGUGUUGUGUGUAAGCCACACUUGUGGAACAUGGUGACACGAUGAUGUCCCGAAGUUUAUUUGAGUGAUGUGACUUAGCUUCGAAAAUGACUUUUUGUUAAGCAAAUGAAUUCUUUCAAGAUCGAGAAGAGCGGGCACCAGUGUUUUAGCUUAGGUAUCGGGGGCCUGUUGCCGCACUUCAAAUUUGCUAGAUGCGACUCUAGACGACAGCACAAUGUGCCAUCAUGCACGACUGGGCCUUGGUACAGCACUCGUUCUGCUGUUGUAGUUGAUUCACUGACCUUAGCCCUAGGACAGUAUAUUUUUUCUCUUACCCUCAAAGGCAAUAGAGGGAUGGAUAAAGUGUUGGUGUCGUUGACGUAUGUUGUAAUGGCAAAGGAUGAGUGCUAGACAGCCUUGAGACUUGGAACUAGUACGCUGUUUUACAUGUUGUGGGUCGAGCAUUACACAGAACUGACCCACUAGCCCGAAGGCAUCAAGCCUUUAUCUGGACUCGCCUGGUUUGCAUUGUACUUUCCUGGCAUCAUGCUCUAUAAGGUGGUUCAUUGUUUAAAAUGAAAAACGGAUGUGUUGCUGUAGUCCUGUUCUGUAAGCAGGGCGCAGGCACAUUUUUUUCGUAUGCUGCUGUGGUACAAAUGCGUUCUCUUGCAGUGAAAAUUUUGCAGUCACUGCUUGAAGUUCUUUCUUUCUUUUAAUGUAAGCCUAAUUGUAGGUGCAGCAUUUCACAUUAUUUUCCUUCUUUCACACAACUUUUGCUUUUUACCCUAUUGUCACCAGAAACUGUACUCUUGGUCGAUCACAUUUGAGGAUACUUCUACUUUUGUGUAACAUGGUAUCUGGUGCGACGUCUAGCUAAAGAGAUGGGCGAUCUGCCCGCUGAUUUAGUCACUCUGUGUUUGCUGAAAGUUAUAUCCCCAAAAGUGUUUGACCAGGAAUAACACUCCAGGACUUGUCAACAAAAUUCGGUUCUAAGUAAGUCAUUUCAUGCAUAGUGCGUUUCAAGUGUAUAUGUGUCUGCCACACUGUUGUGUCAAUUGUUUUCUUGAUCCUUUCUAUUGUGUUUAAUGGAAACUGGUAUCUCCUUCUUCUCUGCUUUUCUGAAUGUUCUGAAAGCGGUGAUUGUGGCUGAAGCCAAAGUCUGUGUGAAGCAACCUUCCUGCACUCCACUUAGGGCACGAGGUUGUCAGAGCGCAAAGACUUUGUGCUGCUGUGACUUGUCAAGUAGCGAUUUUGCUUAUAUCAGCCGUUUAGACCAAUUCAUUUGUUCACUAGCUGGCCUAAACAGAAUAACUUGGAUGUGGCUUCUAUGGCUCAUUUCCCAGCUCACAUUAUUCUCAUUGUCAUGUUGGUCAACGCUAGAGGUCUUUAUUGACAGAAUUGAUUUUACGUUCUAUGUCAUGCAAGGUUCUAAUCACAUCAUUUCAUUAGCAACCAGAGGUUGCCUGCUAUGCGCCUCAUUAUUUUUAAUUUACUGAUAUGCAAGUUGAGCAGAUGGCAAUGUUCUGUGUAGCAGCACGUUCUGUCUAUUCUUUUUUUGACCUGGUGUUGCUGCCACAUGACCUAAGUCACACUUAAGUUAUUCUUAAAAUGUAUGCUAAAGGAAAGACAUCCUUUUCUUGUUUCUUUUUUUUUGUCGAGGGGUUGGGUGCGAUGGUAUGUAGGUACAACCACCUCAUCACUUGUUGAGUUUGUUUCUUUUUCCUGCUUUGUUGAAAGUGUUUCCUUCGCGUUAUGCGCUGCUGUGAUUGACUCCUCGAAAGCAAUGUUACGUGUAUGAUUUUAUUUGAUGCGCCCCCCUCGGCAUUACAAUUGCGCAUGCGGGGUCACGAGAAUACUCGCGACCCGACUGUAUAUUCUGUACAUAAUGUACACUCAUCACACACACACCACGUUAGAUAUAUUCCGAAGGAGUUAAGUACAGCUCAAGCUUUUUCUUUGUUUUUGUACAAACGUCCUGUGAUUGUACAAAAAAAAGAACGGAACGCAGAAAAGGACAUCUGUGAAUAAACUGAGCUAAGCUUUGAUUGUUUCAAA